GAAAUAUUUUGAUUAUUGGCAUAUCAAUGGUGUCAGUACUAGUAAUUAGCCAGCUAGUUAUCAUAGCUAGCUACUAGCGAGCCAUCAUAAAAUGGUAAUAUUUUGCAAUCAACACACAUCUCAGAUUGUAAUCAAAUGUCAUGGAGCGGCCUGCCAGCGGAAAACUCAGCAAUCAAGAUUGCCAGGCUGGUGGCACCCUAUCAACAUUGUUUUGUCGUUUGUGGUAGCCAGCGGCAACAAAUAUUAACAUGACAGUGAGUAUGCUUGUCUGUGCCUUAAAGCGGCAAUCGGAGGUUGAAACAAGAAACAUACUCCCCUAGUCCUGCCACCUUUUUCGGGAAAAAGGCUGAAAAAUGGGUCUGGAGAAAUGUUAGCUCUCAAUCUCAAAUUAAUCAGCAGAGCUAUGGACACAAUGACCGAGCCAUCCAUGGCAUCAAAAUGAUCGUUUUAACCACGUUGAGGCUAUAUAUUGUUUUCAAACAUUUGAGUAAUGGUUCAGGAUGGGGUGCGACAGUUGAACUAAGCUCAUGAGACAUUUAUAAGUGAAAUUCUUCAAUAAUUGAUGGGUAAAUGUAAUUAAUUGAUGUCCAAAAAUGUAUGUAGUAACUGCAGAUUGCCCCUUUUUAACGUUAGAGAACCCUGUAAAAUGAAGACUAGAAAGAAGUUAGGGCUAUGUUAUUUGUGCAGUCAGCGCAGAGCUGCAGACAUUGUAAUAUUUUGAGUGUUGAUGGUGUGAAUGUGAUCAUAGAAAUGUAGUACUUUAGGAUGUAGAACGUACUGUUCAGUCCUGACUGCAUUAACAUUCUAUUUUGCGGAUUGUUUUCUUAAUAUGUCAUUUGCAUCCUUUCGGAUUGUAGAAUGAGGCCAUUUUCUGGAGUACAAUAACCCCAAUAAACAACUCCAUCAUUCCCUGGGCCCAGUGUUGUCAACACCAGUGUAAAUGUUUACCCCGAGGACUGAACGAAGAGACAGCAAUGGCACAGAGAGAAAGUCUUGAGCAGAAGCAAAAAACAGACUGAAGUGUCUGUUUAGAGUUGUCAGUGCAGCUUGCCAGUUGCAAGGCCUGUGCUGCACACAAAUAUGCUAAGCCUGUUUCAGGGACAGACAGGGCAAGGCUUUUUACCCUGGCACAGCAGAGGAGACCAUUUCCUUGCUGGGCAGAUUUGGAAGUUACCAUAGAGACUGCCCUCACUGCCUUAAAGAGCGUAAUUGUGUUUUAAAACUGAGAAUUAAGGGGUUAAUCUGAGAUUGAGGAAAAACAAGCUUUCUGAUGGUGAUGAUCAGGUUUAGAGAUUGAUUGCAUGUUCACAUUUUGUUCAUACUGGUUUGUUCCAAUAUGUCACUCUGAACUCUACCUUUUGGAAAUUCAUGUGUAGUUGGUAGGUAGUCAACAACAGCCUGUCGUUUUGGCAGGAAAUCACUCCUAAUCUUUUCCAGUUCCACGCAGCUUUUCUAUGACUGGCAUGCUGCCAUAUGCUGAUCAAUGAUCUCUGUGAUACUGGGUGACUUCAUGGUCACCUGUUGGCAUUAUUAGAUUUCUGUCAUUCUAUCUGCGCAGGUUGUAAAGAGGGAUUAUAUACUCUGCAUAUUGACAACCGAGGGGGCAGUUGUAGGCCAAACAGCUGGCCACAGUGAAGGUCCCAGCAUUAUAAUUGAUGAUUAGGCCAUACAAAUGUAAUUAAAAGUUGGAACGAAUGCCUCUCUUCACUUUUCUGGAAAUUGCACAAUUAAAGCGAAAAAUGAUGUCCCCAAGCCUCCAGUGAAGAGGGAAACAACUUCCCCUCAAGUUAUGGCUGAACCUUGCCUAAUUUAGCCUCCCAAAAGGCAAAAAUAUUUGGUCGCUAGAUGUUGAACUAAGGUUGCUAUAGUAUGUUAACAAGAUGGUCUACUUCGGUUUUGUUGUUCACUCGCCUCACUCAAAAAAAUAAUAAUCUGUAAAACAUUUAACAAAAUGUGUAUGGCCUUAGUGUACUGGAGAGCCUAACCAAUGCUUCCCCCUUAUCAGUGUAACUAAUACUCACUUUCAUGAAAUUGAUGCCCUGAAUGGCUGUCCACUUAUUCCCCUCUUAGGAAAUUCAUCCUUGGGCUUUUGGUGUCUUAUAAGGUUACUGGUUUUGCAUACCCAGGGUCUUUCAAUAGAAGGCUCGGCCACAGAACUGUAUUUCUAAUGAAUUAUUAACAUUCUAAGUUUUGUGAGAGUGGACGCACUCAUUACCUGAUAGCCCUGUUCCAUUUUCUGGACAUGCAUCCUUUGGUUCCAUUGGAAAACGGCACUCACCUGGUUUUAAUUACUUUAUUGCCUUGUCUUCGCUCUGUGGAGAGGAAGACUGCGCUGAGCAGACGUCUCUCUUGAUGAGCUUUUCUAGGUCUUGGAGAGCUGGUUGUUGUUUUAAGCAUUUAAAGGGAUACUUCAGGAUUUUGGCAAAUACCAUCUUUGUCUCUGUGUCCAGUAUGAAGGAAGAUGGUGGUAGUUUCGCAAGCUAAUGCAGUUAGCAAUUUCGCUUGUUAACAUCUCCCUUCAAACUCCACGCAGAGACAUAAAAAUGGUAUCAACGAGUUCAUCUGACUCUGGGGAAAUAAAGGGCCUCAUUGCCAAAAUCCUGAAGUAUCCCUUUAAUUGAGAGAUAAGAUGAGGUUCUAAAGUCUUCUUUUUUAAGGAGAGUAGAAUUCCACCCUCUUUGUAUUGUACACAUGUUUUAUUCAGACAGAUUAGAAUUAAUGGAGGAUCUUGAUGAGGAGAAGAACGCAUUCGGAAGGGUGGAUGCGGGGAUUGAACCCUGGUCUCCGAAGUCGCAGUAUGUGUCGAGCUGGGAGUGUCACCACUCAACCACUGGGCCAUGCGCAGCUGGAGGUGGCAGUUCUCCAGGAUGAUGAGCCUUUGCCUGCGCUGGUGCCGGCUCUGUCCUAAGCGAGGGGUGCGCCCCAGCAAGCCCCGGAGGAAGCUAGGAGAGCUGUGGAGCUACUGGAAGCUGCUGCUCAACUCCCUCUACUUCAACAGCCUCACCAACUCUGACACCUACCUGGACUGUGUCUUUGAACCCAUCUACUGGAUUGUGGACAAUGUGACUCGCUGGUUUGGGGUGGUAUUUGUGUGCCUGGUGAUUGCCCUCACCAGCUCUGUGGUGGUCGUUGUCUACCUGUGCCUGUUGCCUGUUAUCCUCAACACCUACCCACUGCUGUGGAUCAUCUGGCACCUCACCUAUGGCCACUGGGUCCUCAUGAUGGUCCUCUUUCACUACUACAAGGCCACCACCACCUCCCCUGGACACCCACCACAGGUUAAAAGUGAUACACCGUCAGUGACCAUCUGUAAGAAAUGCAUCGUCCCCAAACCAGCCAGGACUCACCACUGCAGCAUCUGCAAUACGUGUAUUCUGAAGAUGGAUCACCACUGUCCUUGGCUCAACAACUGUGUGGGCCACUUCAACCACCGCUACUUCUUCUCCUUCUGCCUGUACAUGACCAUGGGCUGCAUGUACUGUAGCGUCAGCUGCAAAGACAUGUUCAUAGAGGCUUACAACGCUGUCGAGAGCUACUAUCAGACCCCACCAGCACUGUUUUCCUUCAGGGAAAAGAUGGUCCACAAUGGUGUCAUUUUCAUUUGGGUGCUGACAAGUUCGGUGGCAGUUGCUCUGGGAGGUCUGACCCUGUGGCAUGCUAUCCUCAUCACUCGAGGAGAGACCAGUGUGGAGAGACAUAUCAACAAGAAAGAAAUCAGACGUUUAAAGGAGAAAGGAAAGGUGUUCCGAAAUCCAUACCACUAUGGGAAAAUAAACAAUUGGAAAGUUUUGUUUGGUGUGGAGGAGACAAGUCACUGGUUGACCAGAGUCCUCCUGCCGUCUAGCCACGUUCCCCAUGAAGAUGGACUGAUAUGGGAAUGCCCUCGGGCUCUCACCAGAAGAGACCCUAUGACCAUCUAACCUCCCACUACUCGCUGCUGGACAGUUUCUCAUCUCCACUUUAUGGGCCAUAAUCACUGCUAUAGCCCUGGCCCCUGGAUGGUGGGGUAGACAGAAGACUUAUUUUAGCCUCUGAGGAGUGGACUAUUUGGUGUUGAUUGUGGCCCAUGAGUCCAGGGACCUUAAUCGGACCUCCAGUCACUGUCAUGUGAAGUGAACUGAUGGUCCUGUCUUUAAUAGUCUUCUUGUCUUGUGGACUGACUGUGUUUUUGUACUGUUAGGUAUGUUGUCCAAAGUUGAUGUGAAGUGUGUGCUUUUUAAUUGUAUUGAAGUCACAGAAGAAGCAGUUUGGACUUUUUCAGUGCCAAAGAACAGCUUUCCACCAAAGGCUAGGUUUGAGCUAGAUAACCACAUGCCUUGGCCAUUGUCCAACUAUGGGUGAGUAGUCUGGAGACUGACAGAAUUACAUAAACAAUAUUACCAUUCAGGCUCCAGUUAGAUGAUGGUGCUCAUGUUACUGAGCAGUGCCCCUGUCAAUAUUAGGAAUUGUCAAAACAUUGCUAUGUGCCUUGUUAUGUUAAAUAUUUAACCUGUUUUCUAUUUGUUAAUUACCAGGCACUAAUGCAAAGUAGAGUUUCAUGUAUUUUCUACUAUUAUCCAACCUCUCCCACAUUGAUUUCCCCACUAAAAAGCGGCGUGUACACUACACGAUUUUGAGAUCGGUAUUUUCAAACAUGGGUAUUACUAUAUCGGCACAAAACCAGCAAUGAUCGUGUAACAAGUUUUGAGAAUGGUGAUAAGCAAUAGCCAAUGAGAGCUCGCCAGUGAGAUGACGUUUCGCAUCACACAGAAUGUGUAGGUGCUCGAUGCAUGAAUACUAUUAGUACGUUUGUACUUCCCUUUAACCAACGCGUCAAGUCGUUACAGCUCUGAAGUAAUGUUAUUAAAUUCAAAAUGUUGGCUAGAUAUUUCAACUCUGUAUGGCAAGCGUGAAAGUCUUAAAUAGAGCUGCACACUCUAGGAGCUCAGAUGCAAAACUAUUUAUGUCCAACGUUUCGACAGACAAGCUGUUUUCAUCAGGGUAUAAUGACAAACACUGCGAGGUGACUCAUUUAUAGUGUCAAAAGACAGGUCUAUAAUCAUGGACAAAUACAAUUUGGCUACAGCGUGAAAGUCUGACUGAAAACGUUUGAGACAGCUCGUUGUAGCUACAUUCAAUCUAAUAACAUUUUUUGCGAGAUAGCGUGGUAUCUAGAAUCCUCACAAACAAGUGAAUUAUCUUGUAGUGUUUGACCCCAGUCUGUGCCACAUCGUUUAGUGCGCACCAUACGUUGGCAAGACAACUACAGGAAAGCGGUUAUUUAACCUCUACGGAAUCAGUGUCCUCCCCCCGGGGGAUGGUUGCGCUAACGUGAUGAGCAGAAAGCUUAAAUUCUCGUUAAUCUAACUGCAAUGUCCAAUUUACAGUAGCUACCAGUGAAAGAAUACCAUGCUAUUGUUGAGGAGAGUGCACAGCUAGGUACUUGAAAAUGUAUCAAUAAACCAAUUAAGCACAUUGGAUCAGUCUAAAACUUUGCAGACUGUUGCCAUCUAGUGGCAAAUCUAAAUUGCACCUAAACUGGAAUACAUUGGUCUUUCUCUUGCAUUUCAAAGAAUACAAAAAAGUUAAAAAUAUUUGACCAGAUCUGUGUUAUUCUCCUACAUUUAUUUUCAAAGGAAUCAAUAAUAUGCAUAUCCUUGCUACAGGCAGUUUAGAUUUGGUUGUCAAUUUUAGGUGAAAAUUGAAUUAGAAAAAAAUGGGUCAGAUCCUUGAGGUUUUUAAUUUGAGAGGCUCAGCGACGUUAAUUCUGAAAGUUGUGUAGUGUACACCCGGCUUAACCAACAUUAAGAUCACUUAACAUGGUCAUACGCUCUAGAAGCUGCGGACUUCCUCCUUGCUGGUCUCGAAUAUGGCCACCAGUUAGAAUUCCUAGAAUGAUCGGGAUAUUUGUGGCCAGCCUGUAAAUGGGAGGGGCUAUGUGGUUGGCUGCUGUGACAUGACCAAUAGAAACUGUUUCACUAUAUUGCACACCUCUAUCAUUACAAUUGAUAUUAGCUUGUAUUGUUUUAAUAUUUGAUAAAGGAUUGUUUUUGGAAACUUCA